AUGGUCAUCGAUACGAUAAUCCAAGGCAAACAUUUCACCAUGCUGUACAUGGCUCGAUCUUCAACUCGGGCGCAUCUUCUUCUCACAGUCUUCCAUAACUACCUGAAUGAGCAGUUCUUACAACUUUGCUCCCAGGAGGAUCCAUCUUCUGAUCGUCUUAGGGUAAACGUAUCUCGUCAUCCGACUCGUAUAGAUGAUUUUUCUCCACCCGUCCACGGCUUGAUCUGCCGUAAGUAUGACUCUAACGUGAUAAUCGGAAACCCUAGCACGGGCCAGUUCUUGACUUUGCCUAGAGUCAAGACUAGGAGAAGAGGUGUAUACUCCUUUUUGGGAUAUGAUCCAGUAAAUCAUGUAUACAAAGUGUUGUGCAUGACGGUACUACAAGGUCAUCGUCAGAGACGUGAGUCACAAGUUGUGUCCGAGGAGCAUCAAGUUUACACUUUGGGAGCUGGACAAACCUCAUGGAGGAUGAUCGAAUGUAAGCAUCCCCAUCUAACUCAUCCUUGUUAUUCUAAAGGAGGGCUAUGCAUUAAUGGGGGUUUGUAUUAUUAUGCUUGGAUCAAAAACAAAGGAUCUUUGAUAAGCUUUGAUCUGACAUCUGAAGAGUUUAGUGUCAUCAAGUUACCAGAGGAUAGCGCAUGUCUAGUGAACUACACCGGAAAGAUAGCUCUAAGAAGGAACCAUUCUAUUGGCAAACUUGAUCUGUUGGUUCUAGAAGAUGCCAAGAGACAAGAAUGGUCGGAAGUUUCUGUCUUGGUUCCUUCUUGGAUAGAUUCUGUUGAGUUCAGAUUCAGGGGUACACUUAGUACCGGAGAGCUUGUGUUUUCACAGAGCACUAGAGCAGUUGCAGUAACUCGUUCUAUUUUAUCAGUUACGAUCUCAAGGAAAACAAUGCCAAAAAGGUUCUGGUUGAAGGAGUCGGAGAUCAGCAUGUUUCUCGCCACGUCUAUUUUGAUUAUGUUGAGAGUCCUAUGGUUCUGUGAGUUUUUAAGUUAA